AUGCCUUCUCCCCAAUCCCUCACGGCACUGCUGCUGCUCUGUGCCUCCACCGCGCGAGCGUCCUGCGCCUACGGCACGCAUCUCCACGCCCGCGCCGAAGAUGGGGCAGUUAAAGUAAAUACUUUUGGGUAUACCGGCACGAUCAGUCCCUUGAACUGGCUGUCUCUCGACCCGGCCGCCAACGCUGCUUGCGCCACCGGCCGGACCCAGAGCCCCAUCGACAUGACCCAGGGCCAGUUCUCGCUCAUCCAGGCUGCCGACGUGCAGCUCAACCUACCGGACAUUGCGGAGACCGAGUUUGAGAACCUGGGCACCACCGUCGAGGUCAUCGCUCCGCCAGGCGGCAGCAUGGUUGCCAACGGCACGACCUUCAACCUGAAGCAGUUCCAUUUCCACCUGCCCAGCGAGCAUCUUGACCAGGGCCGCAGCUUUGCUAUGGAAAUGCACAUGGUUUUCGAGUCCGAUGCCAAGCAGAUUGCGGUCCUCGGUGUCUACCUCGACACCGCCAAUGGCGCCGGUGCUGCCGCCGCCCCCGCUCCCGCCGCCCCCGCCGCUGCCGAGGCCAAACCCAAGUCCAAGAGUCGCCGACACGCCCGUGACGUCGAGUCGCCCGAGAGCAAGCGCCAGGUCCAGGUGAUCAGCGGCGGCACGCCCAGCUCCAGCACGCAGUCCAUCAUCGACGCCAUCCUGGCCGCCAUGGGUGUGAGCGGCGGCGCGACCACCGGUGGCUCCGUCGGCAAUGUCGGCAACGUCAUCAACGUCGGCCAGGGCGCCACCGUCGGUGCCACGACGGGCGGCUCGAGCCUGAUCGAUACUGUCAUGGCCUCGGUCGGAAAGAUCACCACCCCGGGGAGCAAGACCAAGAUCGGGCCCUUGUCCAUGGCCGGCCUGGCCGACAGCUUGAAGGCUGGACAGCUGCAAACUUACUCCGGUUCGCUGACGACUCCUCCCUGCUCUGAGGGUGUCCGGUGGUUCGUCUCGACUCAGAAGCAGACCAUCUCUCUGCAGACCUUUGAUGCCGCCCGCUCCGUCAUCGGCUUCAACGCGCGCUUCCCGCAAAACAAGCUCGGCCAGGAGAACGUUUUGGCACUUGCAGUGGCUGCAAAUAACGCCAGGGCCGCGGCUCCUCGUGCCGCCCCGUAA